UUUAAAUAAAUGAGUUCUAUUAAUACCAGACUCAUAGUUGCCCAUCUCUCAUCGCCUUCUCUCUCUUGGUCACAGACUCACAGCACUCAGAUAAUUAGAAACAUCGAAAAUGGCACAAAAGGUGGAAGCACAAGGAGGCAAAGGAGGAAACCAGUGGGACGAUGGAUCCGAACACGACGGUGUGACGAAGAUCCAUGUCGAAGUUGGUCGGAAUGGCAUUCAGCACAUCAAGUUCGAUUAUGUACAGAACGGACAAAUCAAAGAAGGAUCCGUCCACGGUCUCAAACGUAACCGAGUUCAAACGUUUGAGAUUAACCAUCCCGAUGAAUAUCUCGUAUCCGUGGAUGGUACGCACGAUGACAGCGGUGUUAUUCAAUCACUUCGGUUUAAGACCAACAAGAACACUUCCGAUAUCUUCGGAUACAACGAGGGUACUUCAUUUUCAAUCGAAGCUAAGGACAAGAAGGUUGCCGGGUUUCACGGAUCUGCUGGCAACGAACUCAAUUCGCUUGGAGCGUAUUUCGUACCCAUUUCAUCGUCCUCGCCCGGUUCGUCUGCUCCGUUGAAAUUGGAAGCUAAAGGUGGUAACGGAGGAGAAUCAUGGGACGAUGGCGCCCAUGAUGGUGUGAGAAAAGUGUUGGUCGGACAAGGCGAUUCUUCUGUUGUCUAUGUCAAGUUCGAGUACGAGAAAGGUGGCGAAAUCGUGGCUCGUGAUCAUGGCAAGAAGACUCUACUAGAGCCCGAAGAGUUUGUGCUCGGACAUGACGAGUACAUCACGUCGGUGGAGGUUUACUACGAGAAAGUAUAUGGCACUCCGAGCGACGUCAUCAUGGCUCUAAUCUUCAAAACGUCAAAGGGAAGAACCUCUCAGCCAUUCGGUAUAGUGUCCGGCACAAAAGCUGUGCUCGACGGCAAAGGUGGCAAACUCCUAGGGUUCCAUGGACGAGCGGGCGAAGUUCUUAACGCCAUUGGGGCGUAUUUCUCCGCUACGGCCGCUUCUUCUCUGGCCCCCGCCAAGAAAAUCGAAGCUCAAGGCGGCGAUUUUGGAGAUUUAUGGGACGACGGAGCUCAUGACGGCGUUAGGAAAGUGCACGUGGGGCAAGGCGAUUCCAGUGUCGUGUACGUUAAGUUUGAGUACGACAAGGGCUCAAACCUCGUGGUCGGAGCUGGUCAUGGCAAGAAAACGCUUCUUGAGCCUGAAACGUUCGAGCUGGACUAUCCAAGCGAAUACAUCAUGGCGGUAGAGGGCUACUACGAGAAAGUCUUUGGAAUCAAAGCUCCCACAAUUACCGCGCUGAGGUUCAAGACGAACAAGCGAACGUCGCAGCCGUUUGGGAUGGAGUCCGGUACGAAGUUCGUGCUCGAGGAGAGCGGCAGCAAAAUCGUCGGGUUCCAUGGACAGGCGGGCGAGCAGCUCCACAAAGUCGGAGUCCACGUGGCUCCGAUCACCAACUGAUACCUUUCGCGAUCCGAACGCAUGCAGCUACGGAUGGAUGAAGGCCUGUCUUUUAAGUUAUGAAUAAACUGAUGGUGGUUUCUGUUUGUUGGCUUGUUGUUUCCCUGAGAUGUGUUGUGUUUCCCACUUCUCAUGAUGAACGGUUUCUAUAUCCACUCUUAAAUAAAAGCAUGUUUCAUCUUU